AUGUAUGUUGCUAAUCAAGCUGUAUUGGCAUUGUAUUCAUCUGGAAAGACUAAUGGAAUGGUUAUGGAUUCAAGAGAUGGAAUUACACAUGCUGUUCCAAUUAAUGAUGGAUUUGCCGUUUCAGAUGCAAUUGUGAGUUUAGAAUUGGCAGGCAGUGACAUUACUGAUUGUUUAAUGGAAAUGUUGAAGGGGAAAGGGUUUCCUCAACUCCAAUCCUUAACAAACGAAAGAAGAAUCUUUAGAGAUAUUAAGGAGAAGCACUGUUAUAUUUCUCUUGAUUUCAAUACUGAAAUGGUAAAUGAAACAUCUUUAUCUAUUCAAAGAGAAUAUGAACUACCAGAUGGGUCUAUCAUUCCAAUUGAUAAAGAACGAUUCAAAUGCACAGAAGUUCUUUUCCAACCAAAUUUGAUGGAAUUAGAAUGUGCCUCCAUUCAUGAAACUAUUCUCAGCUCAAUUGGUAAAUGUAAUAUUGAAAUGAGAAAGAAUUUGUUCAGUAACAUUCAUAUAUCAGGUGGAAAUACAAUGUUUGAGGGAAUUUCUGAACUAUUGACCAAGGAACUGACUGCACUAGCUCCAUCUGCAAUGAAUGUUAAGAUUAUUGCUCCUCCUAAGAGGAAAUAUUCUGUUUGGAUUGGUGGUUCGAUUCUUGCGAGUUUUAUUGAACAUGAUAUGUGGCUUUCGAAAGAGAAUUAUGAAGAAUUUGGAUAUGAAGUUGUUCAUAGAAAGUGUUAUUGA